AUGUGUCCCUCUGCACUCCCCAGGUUUGAAAGAUCAGAAAUCUGUACAAUACAGACGGAACCAGUUUUCAAAAUGGAAUUCCAGUUUGCGCUCUUUUUUGUAGGGAUAAUUGCAUUUUCCGAUUCAGCCCGAGGCCCACCCAGAAUUGCUGAUAAAGUGAUCCACCGACAGUCCGUGAGGUUAGGAAGAACCAUCAAGCUCCUGUGUCCGGUAGAAGGUGACCCGCCACCUCUGACUAUGUGGAUGAAAGAUGGACGGACUAUCCACAGUGGCUGGACAAGGUUCCGGAUCCUGCAGCAAGGACUGAAAAUCAAGGAGGUGGAAAGUGAAGAUGCAGGAACAUACAUCUGCAAGGCCACCAACGGCUUUGGCAGUAUGAGUGUGAACUACACCCUUAUUGUGAUUGAUGAUGCCAGCUCAGGAAAGGACAGCCCGCUGUCUGAAGGCUCCAAUGGCGAAUAUGAAGAUCAUUCUGGGAAGCAGUGGGCCCGGCCCAGAUUCACGCAACCUGCCAAGAUGCGACGGAGGGUGAUUGCACGGCCUGUAGGAAGCUCAGUCCGCCUGAAGUGUGUUGCCAGUGGGAACCCUAGGCCUGACAUCACCUGGCUGAAGGACAAUAAGCCCCUCACACCUCAGGAGAUUGGGGAGAACAAGAAGAAGAAGUGGACAUUGAAUUUGAAGAACUUAAAGCCUGAGGACAGUGGGAAAUACACUUGCCGAGUGUUUAACAAAGUUGGAGAAAUCAAUGCGACAUAUAAAGUUGAAGUAAUCCAGAGGACUCGGUCCAAACCCAUUCUCACGGGAACGCACCCUGUGAACACUACCGUGGACUAUGGCGGGACCACGUCGUUCCAGUGCAAGGUCCGCAGUGACGUCAAGCCCGUCAUCCAGUGGCUGAAAAGGGUGGAGUACGGCACAGAGAACAAGUACAACUCCACCAUUGACGUCGGGGGGCAGAAGUUUGUCGUGCUGCCCACUGGGGAGGUCUGGUCCCGUCCGGACGGCUCCUACUUAAACAAACUGAUGAUCACACGAGCCAAAGAAGAGGACGCUGGGAUGUACAUCUGCCUAGGGGCAAACACAAUGGGAUACAGCUUCCGCAGUGCUUUCCUCACGGUGUUGCCAGAUCCCAAGCCACCGAGCGCCCCUGUGGCCCCGUCCUCUGCUAGCAGCCUGCCGUGGCCGGUGAUCAUCGGGAUCCCCGCUGGAGCGGUCUUCAUCUUCGGGACGAUCCUCCUGUGGCUCUGCCAGGCCAAAAAGAAGCCCUGCUCUCCCCCAGCUGCAGCGCCCGUGCACAGACCGCAGGCCAGAGACAGGAUCUGUGUCUCCCAGGGUCCUGACAAAGACUGCAUCUCCUCCAUAAACUAUGAGGAAUACGUAGCCCACCAGCAGCAUUUGCUAUCCCAAGGGCCUGCGUUGGCCCCAGCCGUGGCAUCGAAAAUGUACCCAAAGAUUUACACAGACAUCCACACUCACACGCACUCACAUGUGGAAGGCAAAGUUCACCAGCAUCAGCACAUUCAUUAUCAGUGUUAA